AUGAGCAAAAACAUUGUCUUAUCAUUUAUUUUCAUUAUUUGCUGUAUUGGACUUAAAGAUUGGGUUGAACCUACUGGAUUAAGUGGUAAAGAAAAAAUUAGAAAAGCAACAGAAUGGGCUGUGAAAAAAAUAAAUUUAAUCAAGGAAGAACAAGAGAAACAUCCAGAACAAGUCUAUAUUCGUGGAGGUAUAUUUAGUACAUCAUUGUCAUUAUAUCCUAAAUUAAAAAUGUUAGUUAUUUCAUCUAAUAAGGCGUAUCCAAUUAAGUAUAGUGACAAAAGUCAAGCACCAAAAUUAAAAUUAAAUUAUAUUGACAAAGAUGGACAAGAAAAAACUAAAGAAUUUACUUAUCACGUUAAUACAGAAAAGUCUGGUGAACGUUUAAAAGAUGUUGGAUGGGAAAAUUAUUUCUUUCCAUUGCCUGAUUAUGUUGCUUCAUAUUCAUUCCUUGUUGAGCCAACACAAGAAACAACUAAAAGUUUUGUUGCAUUUUUGUCAUACCCAAUAAGUGGAUAUGCUCUGAAAAUGCCGUUGUUUGGAAGUACUUUUAAAUCAGUACAAAUAGAAUCAACCAGUUCUAUUGGAAAUUCUAAUGUUUAUACAUUUACAAAUAAUUAUUAUGUUGACUUUGAUAUCUCUCAGUGUUAUUCUUUUAUUAGUUCUGGAUUAGAACAGACAUACGAAACUUCAAUGGACCAAUGGGAAUCAAUAUUAGAAUCUACAAAUUGGGGGUUUGGACAAGAAAUGUCAUUAUUAGAGACUUUUACUUUUAAAGGAUUUUUCUGUUUCCCAUUUGUUGAUUAUUCAUUUUUGUCAGAUACAACAAAGGUAUCAGGGAAUUGGAGGUAUUGUCCGAAGUAUAAGGAAGAAGAAGGGUUUGAUGCUGACCCAUGUUGUAAUCCAAAAGCAGCAGGAAAAUGUAAUACUUUUCAAGAACGUCCAUCAAUUUAUAUUGGAAAAGAAUCAGUUUGUGAAUGGAACUAUACCACUUAUACUGAUGUUAAAUUAACUAACAGAGAAAAAAUUCAGUUACAAGUUAGAAGUUAUGGUAUGCAAGAGGUUACACAAAUUGUUCAUAAUUUCCAUUUUGAAACUUUACCAAGUAUAUUUUGGAGUUUAUUGAAUUCUGGUAAUAACAAACGAUUGUUAUGUCGUUCACUAAUUUAUAACCCUGAGCCAUAUUAUUUAAAACAUAACACAUGUCCCAUUAAUAUCCAAACAUAUGACGGAUUUAAACCAUUAACUGGUGACCAUUGUUAUACUCCAACUCUUAAUCAAAUGGAUCUCUUCACUGAUGUGUGUGAAAGUUAUUAUGAUGAAUCAACACAAACCAUGUCAUCAAUACCUGAUUCUUAUAUUGAAACGAUUGUUUCAUAUAUGGACGUAAAGAAAAGUACAGUAUUACAUUACGAUAGUGCUCAUCCAACGUAUUGUUAUUCAUAUGAUGGUAAAGUGUUUGAGUCUGAGUCAGACAAUAAUGACUGUAGUGGUUACGUCUGUGAUGUAUAUGGAAAAGGAAAAGUAUUUAAGACUUUAGAAGCGGCAAAGAAGGAGUGUCCUCAGUUAGCAAGUAAAUGUUGUAUUAAUAACCAGGGAUGUGCCCUUUAUAAAGGGUCAAGUGUAGAUGCAAAAUAUGAGAUUGUAGGUGAUUCUUAUAACCGUUUCAUUGAUGUUUGGAAUAUGACACCAGAACAAUGUACUGCCAAUGUAGGAGGUUAUUUAGGUAAUGUAGAUACAACGAAAGAUGCGUCUGCACUUGAAUGUUUAGAACAAGUUGUUGGAUGCACUGAUUAUGUUUAUGCAAAAUUUGAUAGUUGUGAUGAAGCAUCAUUAUUAUCUAACUUCUUUUCAUAUCAUGAAAGAGAUUUACCAACUUCAAAAACUUAUCGGCUGAGAAGAGUAACUGCGGAAGAAGACAAGAAUUCCGCUGGAGUAACUGUUGAGUAUCGAGGUGUUAGAGAUGAGUAUGACACAAUAUAUUCAAACUCAUAUUUAAAGAGCGUAUUACCAACAGUAAAAAAAGAGACACAAGUGUUUUUUAAAUAUUUUAAUAGAGAAAUUUCAUCAUUUGUUACUAACUGUUUAUUUGCUGGUUCAGAAUCAUAUCAGUUAGCUAUUACUGGUGUAUAUCCAUUGACUAUUAAGACAUUAAAUAGAGAUAAGUCUACUGAUUAUCAAACAUUAACUUUAAGUCCUAUGGGUUCAAAAGAAGAUUUAACAAUUUAUGAAUUUGAUAGAUGUUAUGCAUGUGGGUCAACUGUUAUUAUUGGAGUUUCUGAUGGUUCAAUGGAUAUCAAAGCUGUUCAAUCACCACUAGCCAAUUGGUGGGAUGACACAAGGGAUAGAGCAAAAGAUAACUUAGGUUUUGAAAUGCCAAUAUUUUAUAAUGAUUCUAUAGGUGGAAGAGAUACUAAUUUUAUUAUUGGUUAUAUUGUUGGAGAUGGAUUAAUGUUCCAGUCAUUCAAACAUAAUUCAAAAGGAGAUGUUUAUAUUGGAAUUAGUGAAUUUUCAAGUGUUGAUUUUACUAAUACUUCAUAUUUCAAAAUUAAUGAUUUCUUAAGGAUUAGAAAUUUAACCCGGGCUCAUUUUGAUGGUAAGACUGAUGACUAUUUCAUGGAGCCAAUGUAUCUCGAUUGUUUGUUGACACACUCUGAUGAAAAUAAUUUGGUGUUUGAUUUUACACAUACAUACACAUUCUGUAAAUUUAGUGCUGAACAACUAGCCUCUUUAGGACCAGAUGAUGCUAUUUUCCCUAUAUAUCGUUUACCAAAAGACCAGAUUAAAAAGGAAUAUCCAACAGAAAAAGAAACAUCAAAAAUUAUUGCUAUUGUUGUUCCAAGUGUUCUUGGUGUAUUAAUUAUUAUUAUUGCCAUAAUUGCUCUUGUUGUUGGAAUUAUUAAAUAUAGAACAUAUAAAGGACGUCAGAUGUUAAAAGAAUAUGAUGAAAAUGAAUUGUCUUCACUUGGUGGCCCCCUAAUUCAGUAUGACUAA